GAAGUAUGAAUCAAUUUCCAAUAUUGAUUAUGCAGAAAUGCUGUUUUAUUUGAUAACAUUUUGACCAAUGGGUUUACAUGAAAUGUACACAAUACAAAAGUGGUCCAUGAACCCUUUUAUUUUGACUUCAUUUGUUUUCCUGUCAUAAUUCUUGGCAUAAUAAUUACUCACCAACUCUGUUUAUUUCAGUGAAUCACAUUAGAUUGAUUUUCUACAUGUUUAUACAUCUGAAUAAAAGUAGAUCUGUAGCUUUGAAACACCCCUCUGAUGGUUGGGCUCAAUAAAAUGGUAAUUGAUAAAUUAUGUAAUUAAUAACGUUUUAUAGGGUAAUUUGAAUUACAAUUUUGGAAAGGAAAGUAAUUAUGAUUGUAAUUGAAAAACAUGUAAUUGAUUUCAAUUACUUUUAAUUACUUUCAAUUACUUUACAACUAACUUACUUAAUUGAUAAUUUAAUUUGCUUAUUAUGCUAUUCCCUUUAUAGCUACAUUACUCUCUUGAAUGAAACAUUCCUUUCCCUUGACGGGGAGGAAUUAAAAUGGUAUUUGUAAAGAAAUGCACAAAUUGACCUUUUGAAAUAUUUUAGGAAUGCUAAAGGUCAUAGGUUUUAGCAAGAAAUAAAAUUAUAGAUGUAAUUAAUCAUUCAUACUUGAAAAAUUAAUUUCCUAUGAUAAAAUGCAGUCAGUGGGAGCUUGCCAAGUGCCAACAGCCAUGAUGAUUUAGAACAAUGUGUUUGUUGUAUAUAUUUAUGUAGAGGAAUUUAUUUUAUUUCUUUUCAACCAAAGAACCCUGUAGAAGGGGUUAAAGUAAAAUAAUGAAAAAUAGAAGAAAAAAAAUACACCUUUUAAUGUUUCUGAUUAAUGAUUGAUUACUACUAAUUUUCUACCAAGGAAUUGAGCAUGCUGAUCUACAAAUCAUGACCUUUUUCAUGUUAACUGCUUCAGCAGAAUCCGUACUCUUUAACUUCAACCUUUGUUUUGUCAGUUUCUCUGUAACUUAUAAUUAUUUUGAUUUUAUAUAUCACUUUUAUAAAAAGGAAUUGAGAUUGUAAUUGACAAAGUAAUUGGUAAUUGUAAUUUUAAUUGAACCUUUCUUUAAUUACAUGAUUGUAAUUUAAGAUACUGGUAGUCAAGCCCAACCCUGACCCAUCUUCCCCUUCACAGUAAUUUUGAAAUAUAGCAGUUUAAAAUUCUUUGGAAAGUAUACUUAAAAUUUCAUUUAAAGGGUUAAAAGGUGCAGCAUUAUUUCUACAGAAAUGAAAAGGACAUAUGAAGGAAAACCUCUGAAUGUGAAUAAAGAGUGAACUUGUUAUUUGAUGGGAAGUAAGUUUACAAAGUUUGAAAAAUAUGUUUGGCAUGGUUACUGUGAAUCUUUUAUUUCAUUACAUUUUUUGUAAAGGUGGCAGAUCAGCGAAGGAAAUCAUGGGAGCAACUAGCUAGGGAGAUGGAGAGUGUGGGGGUCAAGGAUCUCACAGCCAACGAGUGUAGGAGUUAUUGGAGUGAUAUGAAGAAGAGGGCAAAGAAAUAUCGUGACAACAAGAGAAAGACAGGUGGAGGACCAUUCCAUUUGAAUCCCCAGCUUGAGAUGGUUUUGGAGGUACUGCCGGAGCAGGCCGUGGAGGGCGUGAUGGGCCAGGAAACAGAGACGGGUGCAUGCAGUCAGGUAAUUCCUCCCCCUCUAUACAAUCUUGCUCAGUGAAAAUAAUCAUUUCCAAUCCAAUUUCCAUACCAAUAAAUAAAUCCGAUUUUUUUUUUAAAAUAAAAGAAUAAAAAAUGGCCAACUCUGUAGUGAUUGUACAAUUUGAGGUACUAGCAUUUGGCAUUGUUGAAGCACUGUGAGACAAAGUCUUCAAUAACUAAUGUAUGAUGGCAGCAUAGAGAUGCAAAUUUUGCCUGGAGCUGGAGGCAAUGUAGUUCACACACCUUACAACCACCCUGUGCUGUUGAAUAGUCAAUGGCUUCUGCCACUUUUCCAAGGAACAGUAAAGCAUACAUGUACAUCCAUUAUUGAUAGGUCAAUAUUACACUCUCUCAGUACAGUAAACUUAAAAAUUAACAGGAGAAAUUGAAUUGAAAAUUAAUUUGAUUCAUUUAUUUAUUUACAUUUAUCAUUCGUGAACCAUAUGACCAUCUUCCAAAGUCUGUUUCAAAACAGUGACUGUUUUACAGAGAAUUAACAAAACAUUGUUAUGUCAGUGACUUACAAUCAGGUCAAAUGCAAAAUAGGUG